GUUAUGGCGUCGGUUGAUUUAAAGCACAACAGAGCCCCAGACUUCCUGUGCUUGUUUCAUAUACUUUCAGAUAAAGCUGAAUUUUAGUUGCUUUCUCCAUAUAUUAAAAAAAAAAAAUGUCCAUAGAUCGGCUGGGGUUGUUGCGAGAGCAUAACAAACAGUUACUGGACCAGCUGAGGCAGCAUGGAGAGAAACUGGAGCGGCUGUGCGGCCGCAGUGAAAGCCGCAAGAGGGAGAGAGAGGACGAGGCUGAGGAGAGGACACCACCUAAAGAAACGGUGACAGUGACCGGUGGAGACCGCGAGCCUGCGAGGGCAGCUCUAGCCAAACCUUCCGUGAAGUUUGCCGAUGUUUUCAGUUCUGGACUGCAGGCAGGCCAGUUCAGCAAUCGGAUUCUUCGAUGGAGCCAUGCUGUUGUACUAGAUGCAAUGCUUGUGAGAAACAAAGAGGCACCAAAAGAUGUUUUCGUACCAUCUUUCCCCAAACACAGAGAAGGAACUGCUGAACAAACCAUUAAAUCAGACCUCACCAGAGGCAGCAAGACACAGGACACAGGACCAUUCAGCACCACGUCCUGUCUAGUAAAUCACAGCAUAGGACAGAGGAGUGUGCAGAGUAGGGUCACAUUUCAGUCUGAUGAAUGUGAAGACAUUCCUGCCUCAGAGAGGCAUCAUUUGCCGCCCUUACUCGGAUAUGACUGGAUAGCAGGAGUCCUGGAUACUGAGGACUCCUUGAUGGAGCGCUCGGACGAGUUCUUCAGCGACCUCUGCGUAUUUCGAUCACUCAAUAAGGACGAGUGUGUCCACAGUGCGCAAACACAAUUCUCUGAGGAGAGCAAUCCAGUCACACCACUGCUAACAGACAAGAACGACCCAGAGGCUAAUAUGGACACUCAUCAAUGUACAUUCUCUUACAGGAUUAACAGCAGACUUUUCCCGGUCCCCCUUCACUCUCAGGAGUGCUGCCCUGUGUGCAAAAAACCCAAAUCCUCCCACCCUCACACUGUUGCUGAACCUGCUCUAAUCAGGGUCAGCAUUCCUUGCGCCAGACUCUUGCCACCUUACAAGCACAAAGCUCAUCGGCGAAGCAGCUUUGAUCCUUCUGACAGUUUGGGAUUACCGUCGCACUGUCUGUCAGGGUGGUCAAACACAGGACAGAGCACCCUGCCACUGCCCAGCAGCCUCGAUCUGCGGAGCAGUGUUAAUAUGAAGAACUCCAAAGGGCCACUGAGUGAAGAACUGGAGGCUCUGUCUGCACUCAAAGUGUCUGGAAACCAAAACCUGAACCAGAUCUCGGAUGUGACUCGCUUAGCUCGUCACAGUUUUCAUCACUUCAGUCCAAAAAGAAGAGUGGGAGGCACCUCUUACCCCGCUUACCCUGUGCACUGACAAACUAUCAAGGUCCAUUAGCUACUUUGUGUCAAAAUGGGAAACAAACAAUGGUUUUAACAGAAAAUUUCUAAAGUUGUAAGACUGAUUACACAAAUUAGUUUAUUUUAGUAUAAUAAAAACUGAAUAAUGUAAUAAACAGUAGUUACAUUUUAGUUGUUCCUUUUGUUAAUCCCUGUUAAAAGCUGAACAGAUUUAGACUCCACAUGUGACUGUCUGCGGCCUCGGCAUCAGGGUUGUGCCACAGUACAAAGGGAAGACAUUUCAAACAGACUGUUUUAGACCUACACAGAGAAGCUCAAAUUUAUAUUUGCUUUAUAUGUACAACAUUGCAACAUUAUGAAAGCCAUUUUCAAUGUCUCAAGCAGAAGUUUGCUUCUCUUUCCAACUGUUUGUUUUGGCUCCCAGAGUGUAGCAUACUUCUGUUUUUAACUUCCUUUGACACUUCCUUAAUGUUGGGCUGACAACACAAUAGAAGCAAAGGCAGAGGCCGACCUAGGGUACAGAAGCAGUAGUUCACAGGAAACCAAAAAACACCUAUGUUAAAUGUCACAUGCUGUAGAAAUCCCACCCAUGACACAAGUUUGUUUCCAGUUUGUCCCCUGCAGGCCAACAUAUUUGAAUAUCUGAAUACAUUAAGUAGUAUUCAUGUUCAACAAAUGAAAUCCACAAAUAUAAAAUAAACAUAAUUCCAUUGAUGAUUUUAUUUUGUGAUACAAUUCUGCUGCUCAGUGGGGAUUUUUUUUUUUGAUGGGUUUAGUUUAUGUUGUUCUGUUGUGAUGAGGCACUUUGAAGAUUUGUGGCAAAAACAUCAGAGACUGAGUUGUUAUCUGGCAAACAGACUUCUGAUAGUCAUCUUACCAUUGGGAUGUAGUGACAUAAACAAAAGGCUUUUGUGCAAGAUUUGGCUUUGUGAUAGCGCAUUUGUCUUUGGUAUCAACACUCGUCAAUAAACGAAUCCAACCCUGAAGAUCUGAUCAGACGUUAAACUUUUCACAGUGUGUGUAUCUGCUGGAAGCGAUGCAACGUCAGAGGCAUUUGGCUCACCAACUUUUUCUUCCUUUGGUGAAAACAGGAUUUGAAACUCACUAGAGGCUGAUAAGACAGCGUCACAUAAUCAUCAUUAUGGUUGGUAAGACACAUUUUGGGAUUUCGAGGGUGUGCACUGCGUUGUGAAAUAUUAAGAAGAACUUUUUUCAGAAAUAGAAGAAGACAGUGUGUUCAUUCCCAUCUCAAAGAUGUUUCAUGUCUUUCAUUAACAAAUAUCAUGCUGUACUUUUGGAAAUUAGUCAUCAGUACAGUAUGCAAAAUCAGUGCCUUAUCACGUGAAAGUUAAGACUUUAAGAAAACCCCUUUAAAAUAGGUUUUUAUUCAUCCGGUGGUGCUUUUUUUACAAUAACAUGAAACUCGGGUGAGGGUUAUGUUCUAAAAUCAGCUCAAAAUAACAAAUGUGAGAGAAGUUUCUUAAUUUAGAUUAAACGUAAGACUGCAGUGGACAAGCGAGCUGUUACUGUUGAGCAGCAGAGAAAUGCUGAGAAUGUGGGAGGGGAAACUUUAUUAUGAAAUGUCAACCUCUCACACAGGAACAAACACUGAGGCACAGGGGCAUUAAACUGGGCAAAGCACAAACGCAUGCAGUAUCAUGGCUGAAGACUUGUU